GCCGCCAUCUCCUUCUUCUCCGCCUCCGCGCACCACGACUCUGUCGCCGUCCGCUCCUUCCUCUAUCUGAAGUCCCUCCCCUUCAUCGAGAUCAACUUCGACGUCUUCCCCGAUACCGAUCUCCUUUUUAUCAAUACGCGAUUGCUAAAUUAGGCUAAAAACUUCACUUUCAAAGACCAUUUGUGCCAAAGAAGGGAAAGAAUACGGCCUUAUUGAUGUCAUUGUUUCUCCUACGGAGUUUAUAAGAGUUUCAAGGCUUUGGGCAUUAGAAAUUUCUGACGGGCGUAAGCCUUGGAUUUGUUCCCUUCAUCGGACAUAUAAAAUAGGCUCCCUUGUUGAGGCACGAGAAAUAUUAAAAGCUACAAGGCAACAAGCUAAAAAGAUUACUCCAAACAUGCCACAACACCAGGGGUGCCUUGACGCAAUUGAGGAGGGAAUCAUUUUUGGAGGAUAUGUUGGUGUUUUGAAAGCAACAAAGCUUUUCAAUGAGUUGAUUUUAUCAAGCACUUCAAGAGGCCUUGUUCAUGUGUUCUUUUCUAAACGAGCCACAUCUAAGGUGGUUAACAAGUAUAUUGAUGAAGGAAUAGCGAAGCUUGUCCCUAAGGUGCUAUUUAUUGAUGAGUCAACAGCAGCUUACAAAGCUGCAGUCUGGUUGGCAAGUGCAACUCCACCUCCUGCUCAUGUUAUUAGCCGAGGCAUUGGAUGGCAGGGAAUCGACCUUCUUUUAGAUGGGCUUUUUGGCACAGGAACUGGUUCCACUGUCUCAGUGGAGAAUGUUGGUCUUCUUGGAUCCACAAGAGUUGGAAGCCGAAGGGUCAUACAAAUAUCAGCUGGUUUCAUGAUAUUUUUCUCCAUGUUGGGAAAAUUUGGAGCACUUUUCGCCUCGAUACCAUUCAUAAUCUUUGCAGCAGUCUAUUGUCUUCUGUUUGGAUUUGUUGCGGCGGUAGGUUUAUCCUUCUUACAGUUCACAAACAUAAACUCUAUGCACAACCUCUUCAUUGUUGGUGUCUCCAUCUUUCUUGGAUUAUCCAUUACUCAAUACUUCUUCAAUUACAGCACGACUGACAGCCAUGGUCCUGCUCACAUUUGUUAGAUUUGUAUUUUAGUUAAGCGUUGUAGGAUGUGGAGAAGUUGUGAACCUUGUAAAUAGUCUAAACUCAAAGUUUUGUACUUGAUUAUCACUUCAAUGAAUUUAUUGACAAAGCUUGUGUAU